AUGCCUAGCUAUGUGGAAGCUCCCGUCGAUGGGAGCGAAGUCUUGAGUGGCUCUCAGGUGACAAAACGUGUCAAUAAAUCCGACGAGCCAUAUGCGACGGUCAGUGAACAGAAGACGACGGGCAAGCCACGCGAAACGGAUGGCGAAGAGUCUUUAGGGUCUCGGGGUGACGACGAUGGUGCUGUAUAUGUGAAGGGACAUCCCGUCAUCCAAAACGGCGCCGAUGUAUCCAAAUUCAUUGUAUCCGUCCGAGAUGACGGGGACCCUUCUCUCACAUUUCGUUCUAUCGUCCUAGGCUCAGUGUUCACUGCACUUUCGAGUGUGAUCACCAUGCUUUAUGUCUUCAAGCCAUAUCAAGCUCAAGUGUCUGCGGUCUUUCUGCAGCUGCUCGUCUAUGUCUUUGGUGAAGCAUGGGCCCGUCUUACUCCCCGGCCUGAUAGGUUCAAAUGGAAAUGGCUACAGGCCGUACUCAGCUUUCUUAAUUUUGGGCAGCGCUUUGCCAUCAAAGAGCAUGUGGUAGCCGCUCUAAUCGCGUCGUCUGGAAACAACGGCCUCAAUGGUGUAGAGAUAUAUGCCGUGGAACGACUUUUCUACGAUAGAAGUGUGUCCGCAACCACCGCGGUCCUGGGAACCUUCUCGAUGGCGCUUUGUGGAUUUGUCCUCGCAGGUGUGAUGCGGCCGCUGAUUGUUUACCCUGCGGAAAUGGUGUACUGGUCCACUUUACCUCAGGUGGUGCUCUACCAGAAUCUCCACUUUGACCGGCGCGCCAACAAAAAGCGUCUGACCAAGUUUGGCUGGGCUCUGUUACUUACCGCCGUGUGGGAAUUAUUUCCCGCGUACAUCAUGACUUGGCUUUCGGGCUUCUCUAUCUUCUGUCUCGCCUCUAUGAACGCGCCAAAGCACACUCGCACCGUUUUCUCUACGAUCUUUGGGGGUGCGUCGUCCAACGAAGGUAUGGGCCUCUUCAAUUUUUCGCUGGACUGGCAAUAUAUCCAGAGCACCUACCUUUCAUUGCCAUUUAAGCAACAGCUGAACAGUUGGAUUGGUUACAUAAUUCUGUACGCUGCUAUACUCGGCCUAUACUACAGCAAUGCCUGGGAUGCCAAAACCUUCCCGUUAAUGUCCACUUCUCUUUUCCAGAGCAAUGGCACACAGUUCUCAACGUCAGCCGUCAUAAACAGCCAUGGAACCAUUGAUUUUACCAAGCUCGAGGAAAUAGGCCUACCCUCAUUGACUUCAAGCACUGUCUGGGGGUACCUCACCCAGAACCUGGCCAUCGGUGCAUUGAUUACCCACGUUCUCAUUUUUUAUGGCAAAGACAUGGUGCUCGCAUGGAAACAGGCACGUAGCAGGUCUCAACCGGAUCCACACUAUCAGGCGAUGCUGAGGUAUAAGGAAGUCCCCAUGUGGUGGUACCUGGUUCUUUUCGUCCUGGCCUUUGUCGCCGGACUGAUUGUCAACAUCAAAGGAGAAACCACUCUCCCAGUCUGGGGCUACAUCGUUUCUCUUCUUCUCGGUGCUUUCAUUGCCCCUUUCUCCUGCAUACUCUAUGGUCUCUACGGAACGGGCGUUUCCACCAACCAGUUGUCCAAGAUGGUGGCAGGUGCCCUUCAUCCGGGCCGCCCCUUGGCCAAUCUCUACUUCGCCAGCUGGUCCCACCAGUGCAUCCUUCUCUCCGUCAACUUAGCUAACUGGCUCAAAAUCGGGCAAUACACCAAAGUCCCUCACCGUGUCAUGUUCGCCACUCAAAUAUACGGAACUCUCCUCGGCGCAGGGUUAAACUACGUCGUCAUGACCACGAUUGUGAGCUCCCAACGUGAGAUCCUCCUCGACCCACAGGGAAACAGCGUCUGGAGUGGUUCAACCAUACAAGGCCUUAAUACCCAGGCAAUCACAUGGGCACUUGCAAAGGAGAUGUACGGCGUCAACAGUCGAUAUCUCAUCGUGCCCCUCUGUCUAGUCAUCGGCCUUGCCUUGCCAAUCCUACACUGGGGUUUACAGAAAGUGAUCCCUCGUCUACGAAAGCUGCCGCUCAACACAGCGAUCAUAGUUUCAUUCGCCGGCAGUCCAUAUUAUGGCAACACAUCAUGGAUUUGGUCGUCCAUUGUUGUCGGCCUUUUCUCGCAGUUCUGGCUCAGACGCCGCCUACCGGAGAUAUACAACAAGUACAAUUACCUCAUUGGUGCUGCGAUGGACGGAGGGUCUCAGAUUAUCAUCUUCAUUCUCUCGUUUGCGGUCCUUGGGGCUGCUGGUAAGGAACGUCCGUUUCCUACAUGGUGGGGAAAUCCAAAGGGUAAUCCGGAUCAUUGCUUGUAA